UCAGAGGGAGAACAUGGAGGCUGCAGGGAGUAAAGGAGGACGGAGGAACAGACGGGCCAGCAGGACUGCACUGGCCACCUUCACCUUCGUGUUACUGCUAUGGGCGGCUGUACACCUUGUGUACCAAGCGGCGUCCUUGGAGGCUGUGAGUGCACAGCGCCGUGUGAGGAGAGCUACAGAGAAUGAAACUCUCUGCGUCUUUGCACCAUCAUCUGAGUUUCCCAAAGGACUGUUUACCGAACAAGAAAGGAAAGAUGGAGGGAUCAUCAUUCAUUUCCUAGUCAUCGUGUACAUGUUUCUAGCGGUGGCCAUUGUCUGCGAUGAGUAUUUCCUCCCUUCCCUGGAAGUCAUCAGUGAACGUCUUGGCCUCUCCCAAGAUGUUGCAGGAGCUACCUUCAUGGCAGUGGGGAGUUCUUCCCCAGAAUUAGUCACAGCAUUUCUAGGUGUCUUUGUCACCAAGGGGGAUAUAGGAGUGAGCACUAUUAUUGGCUCAGCUGUAUAUAAUCUCCUUGGGAUAUGUGCUGCUUGUUGCUUAUUAUCUGAGAUCUGCAAGUUGACUUGUUGGCCUUUAUUUCGUGAUUGUGUUGCAUAUGCUGUCAGUGUAGGAGCUGUAAUUGCCAUAACAUUUGACAAUAAGAUUUUCUGGUAUGAAUCUGCCUCAUUGCUUUUUAUAUAUGGGCUCUACAUUGUAAUGCUGUGCUUUGACAUUAAAAUUAAUCAGUAUAUGGUUAAGAAGUUUAGUCCUUGCUGUACAUGUAUUGCUGAAGUUCUGGAAGAAAACCAUGACCAACAGCCCUUACUUGGAUGGAAAGAAGAGAGUAUACGGGUCGUUCGUCAGCGCUCCCGAUCUGAUAGUGGCAUCUUUCAAGAAGAUUCAGAUUAUUCUCAGCUAUCCAUAAGCAUGCAUGGACUUAAUGAAAUUUCAGAUGACCCUCCAAGCGUGUUCACAGUGCCCGAGGAUGACUUCAAAAGAGUUCUCUGGGUUCUAUCACUGCCCAUCAUUACAUUGCUCUACUUGACUGUACCUGACUGCAGAAGAAGGUGGUGGAAGAAAUGGUUCAUUUUGACCUUUGUUAUGUCGGCAGUUUGGAUCUCUGGAGUAACCUACAUUUUGGUUUGGAUGGUGAUAAUAGUAGGUGAAACACUGAGCAUUCCAGACACUGUUAUGGGCCUUACUCUGCUAGCUGCAGGCACAAGUAUACCAGACACUGUUGCAAGUGUGCUGGUGGCAAGAGAAGGAAAGGGUGACAUGGCCAUGUCAAACAUUGUGGGAUCAAAUGUAUUCGACAUGCUUUGUUUGGGACUUCCUUGGUUUAUUAAGACUGUUUUCAUAGACCGGUCAUCACCAGUGGAAGUGAGCAGCACAGGACUAACCUAUACUACCAUCUCCCUAUUGUUCUCAAUCAUCUUUAUAUUUGUGGCAAUACAUGUAAAUGGAUGGAAGCUGGACAAGAAGUUGGGAGUCAUCUGCCUAAUCAUGUACCUUGUUUUUGCUACAUUGUCCAUUUUGUAUGAACUAGGAAUUAUAGGAGGCAUGCCUGUACGUUCCUGCGGAGACUAAUA